AGCGAGGCAGCUGCCGCUGCAGCAGCAGCUGGAGACGAGGAAAUGGAGAAGAUGCGCAAACAACUGCUGUUCUUUCAACGCCUCCGUCAAGACCUUGAACGCGCCCGUCUGCUCUCCGAGUUGGUACGCAAGCGAGAACGUGUUAAGUUGGAGCUCGUCUCCAACUCUCGUGCUCAAUUAGAGAGUAGGAUCGUACCCACUUUUCGAAUGCUCAGGAAUCUGAUUGAAGAUUUGCAGGCUAAGGACACAAGGAAUUUCUUCGAGGCUCCGGUAUCAACGGACGUUGCACCGGAUUACUAUUCAGUGAUAAGAAAGCCUAUGGAUUUUGAGACUAUGCGAAACAAGUGCAUCGACCACGAAUACCUCCAGGUUUCAGAAGUUCAAAACGAUUUUAAUCUCAUUGUUAAAAAUUGUUGCGAGUACAAUGGUCGUGACACGGUUUACUACAAGGCUGCAGUAGCUAUGGCAGAGCAGUGUGCCCCUAUACUCAAGGAGGCUCUAGAGAAUGAACGCUUUGACAUAUUUGACUGGAACGGUGAGGAUACGUCCACUCCAACAGUCUCGCUGACAGAAUCCAUCAAGGCGCCAGAGGGUACAGGUGUCAAUUCCGGGGGUCUUUUGAUUCCGAUUCCACUUGAAGAGAAUAAUCGCGACAAUCGUACCUUUGAAGAUAAGCUGGAAUUGACGAAACCGGCUACAAUCACACGUGGUCGUUUGAAAUCUCGUGAUCCCGCGGAAACUGCUUCGGUUUUCGAAGAACCACCAUCGAAAAAACGAUGCUUGAGGGAGUCAACGACUACUAGCGUUACCCAACCACAGAGUCAUCGUUUGCGCCGGUCCUGGUUCCCGGAGCCUUUGACUCUCGUUACAGAAAGCACCACAAAUGAGGCACCUGUAGUUGGAGGCACGAUGUCGACGUUUUUGAUGCCCGAAAUGCUCUCAAAUCAAGAUAGCACUACAAAGACUACCGUUCUACGCCUACCUCACUCCCCCGACCGAGCACGACCUGCUUUCACCAUCUAUCGCUCACGAUUGGCCACAAAGGAGGAAGAUGAAGAUGAUAGUGAUGAUGAUUCGGAGGAGGAGACGGAAGAUUCAGAAGACACUCAAGACACUUUGGCGGCAGCAGCAGCAGCAGCAGCGACUACUUCCACCAAUUAUGCCACGCCGAGAAACACAACCAACACUUCCACUGGUGUCGCUGACGGUGGACGUCUGCUUCGAAACCGAUCCAUUGAAAAAUCAGAUGUUAAUGCUAUCAAAUCAGCCAGCGUAAGGGUAAGUUCCAAUUUUUAUGGUUAA